GCCACUUGGGCUGCAUCCAGGCCUUGCUCCGCUCCCCCUUGGUCUCAGAGGACAUCAUCACAGCCUCCGGUACCGCGACCGAAUGGGCACUGGGCGCGUGAAGCUGCUGAGCUCUAUGACAUGAACACAGCGCUGCACAUGGCUGCAGCAACUGGGCGAGUGGAGAUCUGCCAACUACUGCUCAUCCAUGGGCCCUCGGCUGCCAACAAGGUCAACCGCAUGGGUGCCACAGCUCUUCACAUGGCCGCCAAAGGCGGCUUCGUCACAACUGUGGAAGCGCUGUUGGGAUCAACGUGUUUCAGUGCCGUCAACGCUCGAGAUGCUCGUGGAUUUACGGCGUUGCACUGGGCAGCCCAACAGGUCACUGCUGCGAAAGCUAGCACUUCAUAUUGCAAGUCACGUAGCUGUGUACUUGUGUCAUGCCGGUUGCCGACCCCAACAUGCAAGUCGCGACAAUUUGGUGGCACUCGGUGA